AUGCCAACCAACGGUAUCCACCAGGUCCUGAAGAUCCAGUUUGGCCUGAUCAACUGCCAGAACCGCUACCUGACGGCCGAGAGCUUUGGCUACAAGGUCAACGCCUCGGCGCCCAGCCUGAAGAGGAAGCAGAUAUGGACCCUGGAGCAGGAUGAGGCCGACAGCUCCGUGGUCUUCCUGAGAAGCCACCUGGGCAGGUACCUGGCUGCUGACAAGGACGGGAAGGUGUCGUGUGAAGCCGAGAAGCCGGGCAGAGAUGGGCGCUUCGCUAUUGUCACCCAGUCGGAUGGGCGCUGGGCACUGCAGUCUCAGCCCUACAAGCGCUUCUUCGGGGGCUUGGAAGACAGGCUGUCCUGCUUCGCCCAGGCUGUCACUGAGGCCGAGCUGUGGACCGUCCACCUAGCCAUCCACCCGCAGGCCAACCUGCUGAGCAUCAGUCGGAGGCGGUACGCGCACCUGAGCGCCCUGGAGGACGAGAUCUCCACCGACAGCAAUAUCCCCUGGGGCGUGGAUGCGCUCAUCACCCUCACCUUCCAGAACCAGCGGUACUGCCUGCGGGCCUGCGACAACCGCUACCUGCAGAACGACGGCGCCCUGGUGCCGGAGCCCAGCCCACGCACCGGCUACACCUUGGAGUUCAAGGCAGGGAAGCUGGCUUUCAAGGACUGCGACGGGAAGUACCUGGCGCCCAUGGGGCCCACGGGCACCCUGAAGGCUGGGAGGAGCUCCAAGUCGGGCAAGGACGAACUCUUUGAUUUGGAGGAGAGCCACCCGCAAGUGGUUUUCCUGGCGUCCAACGGCCGAUACGUCUCCAUCCGGCAAGGUGUCAACGUCUCAGCCAACCAGGACGAGGAGAUGACUCAUGAGACUUUCCAGAUGCAAAUUGACAGAGAGACCAAGAAGUCCAUCUUCCAUUCCAAAGCGGGCAGCUCCUGGACCCUGGUGUCCCACGGGGGCAUCCAGGUCACUGCCACCAGCGUGGCCGCCAACAGCAUGUUCGACAUGGAGUGGCGUGGCCGGCGGGUGGCCCUCAAGGCCGGCAACGGCAAGUACAUCUGCGCCAAGAAGAACGGGCAGCUGGCCGCGGUUAGCGACUCUGUUGUGCCCAGGCCCCGGCAGAAGGGGUGGCUGUGGCCCCAUUGGGCAGGGUUGCCCCACGACCCGCUGCCCACAGCCCUGCCACGCUCCCCAGGGGAAGACGAGGAGUUCGUCCUCAAGCUGAUUAACCGGCCCAUCCUGGUGCUGCGGGGCGACCACGGCUUCGUCUGCUACCACCGCGGCUCCAACCUGCUGGAUGCCAACCGGGCCACCUACGACGUCUUCCAGCUGCUCUUCAGCGACGGGGCCUAUCACAUACGGGGCCUCGGCGGCAAGUUCUGGUACGUCGCCAGCAGCGGUGCCAUCUGCAGCGAUGGGGAGAUAUCCGAGGAUUUCUUCUUCGAGUUCCGGGAGCGCGGGCGUGUGGCCAUCCGGGGGAAGAAUGGGAAAUACCUGCGGGGGGACCCGGCCGGCACCCUGCGCGCCGACGCCGACUCCCUGCCCCGCGCCACGCUCUGGGAGUACUGAGCCCGCCCCCUGCCCCUAAUGCAUAGACCCCUAGGGCCCGUGCCAGCUGCCUGGCACACGCCCAGCGACCCUUGCUGGACUCACCUGCUGCGCAGCAGGGAUGGGCACAAGGGAGCAUGCCCCCCCGCUGGGCAGCCGUGUGGGGGUAGACUGGCUGGGAGGGGCUUGUAAGAGAUUGACAUGGUA